AUGAAUUACUUGAUGAAUAUUAAUGAGGAGGAAAGAGAAUCACUCCGUAAUAAGGGAAAUUUGUUGACUUUCAUAAAUACCAUAGGUCUUGCGAAUGAAAUUCCCAUAAUUAAGAACAUCAUGUAUAAACCUCCGACUUACCGAUUCUUCCUAUGCCAUGGCAACAACGACUUCCGCCGCCUAUCCUCGGCAUUACUGACCGACUUCUUGAGCUUCGCGGGGGGCGUGGUAGCCUGCAGGGGGGCGGUCGGUUGCAGCUGGAGGCGGGCAUCUAGCGGGGCGCGGUCCACUUCGCCGGACACGCACCGCCUGUAG